AUGGCGGAAACCGCUGCUCGCCUGCAAGCCCAGCAUCUCUCGAGGAGGAGGAGGAGGAAGAGGAGGGGCGGGAGACUGGGAACAGGAAGUAGGCGACAGGAGCUUCUUCUUCUUCCCGGUAGCGUCCUUUCACUGGAGGUCCUCCUGGAGACGGACCUGGCAUCACAAAAUAAAAUGAACUCUGAGGGCAGUGAUAGUAGACCUGUGCCGCCUUCCUCCUUGCCCCUCCAAGGGGGCAGCACCCAGCGAAAGAAGCUGUCAGCCCCCCGCAUCAGCCUCUCCCUGGACCAGAGCGAGGAUGACUUGGGUGAGACGCCUGACGAUCUUGACAUCAACGUGGAUGACCUUGACACGCCAGAAGAGGGAGAUUACCUGGACUACACGGACCAUGAGAUGGACUGGGAUGAUCCCAAAGCAGAGAGACGAGGUCAGACAAGUGAGUCGUACGAAGCCGUUCCGACAUAUUGUGCCGAGGACGAGCGUCAGGAUGUCAAGUUGUGGCGAACGGUGGUCAUCGGUGAGCAGGAACAUCGCAUCAACAUGAAGAUUAUUGAACCAUAUAUGCGAGUCAUCUCCCACGGAGGGUAUUAUGGGAACGGCGUAAACGCUAUCAUCGUGUUUGCUGCUUGUUUCCUGCCAGACAGCGACAGAGAAGACUAUCAUGACAUCAUGGAGAACCUUUUCCUGUACGUGAUUAGCACUUUGGAGCUUAUGGUAGCAGAGGACUACAUGAUUGUGUACUUAAACGGGGCCACGCCUCACAGAAGAAUGCCGGGCCUGGUUUGGCUAAAGAAGUGCUACCAGAUGAUUGACAGAAGGCUCAGGAAGAACUUGAAGGCCUUCAUCAUUCUGCAUCCAUCUUGGUUUAUUAGGACCAUCCUGGCAAUCACCAAGCCGUUCAUCAGCACCAAGUUCAGCAGCAAGAUCAAGUACGUGAGCAGCUUGGAUGAGCUGCAGGAGCUCAUCCCCAUGGAGGGCGUUCACAUCCCAGAGUGCAUCAUUAGACUGGACCAAGAACUCAAGGAAGCAGGAGAGAAUUCCAAAGUGAAUAGUUUUCUGCUGGGAACAGAGCCAACACGGUAA